GUCACAGAUUGCAUGUUGCUUAUGGGAAGCAACUGUUUCUAGGGCUAAAUUAACCCCAUUUGUCAGUCACUCUUGAAGGUUUUUGCAUGUAGCUGUGUAGUGUUCUGCAAAGAAACGUAAUUUUAGUAGCUAUGGGAUGCCGUCAGGGAAAAAAAUGAUGUUUGGCAAAAUAAUUAACAAAAUUCUUCUCGAAAACUUUAAAAUGUGAACCGAGCUUUUAAAGUAUUGCUCCUACAAUAUGAACCUACAGUGCUGGAGUUGUUUUUAUAGGUAAAAAUGCAAACAUUCCUGAUAUUAUCUUAUUUGGGUGCCUUUAAUGUUGUGAAAGUCAUAUAUUGCUUAUUGAUAUUGAUAUCCAGCAUGGGAUGAUAUCCUCAUAUAUUUGCUUUUAUUUGCAUACCCCUUUUUAAAUUAUUAUUUGGGCUGGAGUGCUGGAAUUGAUAAGAAGACAAGCAUAUAUGAGAGAUAGUUGGGGUGUUAAUAAUGAUCUGAGCAGUUGAAUAAUAUUUCUGAUGGUAGUAAUUUUAUUGAUAAAGGGUGAUCACUCAUCAGUUCAUCCCAUCAGUGUGUUAAUAAACUUUAAAUCUUUUAGAGGAUAAGGGUGAGAUUGUUCGAACUCUGAUGCACGCUAGAAAAUAUACGAAUUUCUGAGAAAUAGUACAAACAGCUUUCUGUUUUUAAGUCUUUAUUUCAAAUUUUUUGCCUUGCUAAUUGAAAAAUGAUAAAGAGCCACAUUUAAAAAAAAAAAAGAAUAUAUAAGCAGUUUCUGUUGAACUUCAUGUUGGCCUUUACCUUCCAAGUUGACAUUGCACCACAGAUUGCAGAAUAUCUUUUCCAGAGUUGAGCUAGAAGCAAUAUGGAUAUUUGACGUUGACCCAGCCACUAGUGUAAUAUAAUACUAACAUCAACUAGAAUACAAGCUCUACAUAUAUUGCUCGAGCAGUUGGCUGACAUGUUGUUUCGAAAUUUGGUUGUUUUUCAUGCAUCUUGCUUCUUGUUUAAUCAGUUUAUGCUGUUAUGGCUUAUAAAAUUGCUGAACUCUUCAUUACAUGUUAUUAUUCAUCACCAGUCUAGAUGAGCAUGCAAACAUCUUGCUAAAAAUGUUUCUAUAUAAUAGGCUAAUAUUAAUAUCCUGUGCGCAAACUAUUCUCAGACUUGCUUCUAUGAGCUAGUGAGACGAUUUUAGAUAUAUUGUGGCAGUUGAUAUAUUAAAGACAGAUUAUCAUUUGAGGGUUCUGUAGGUUUCAUUCUUCAUCCAUAUCAUAGUACUCAUUACAUAAAUUCUGUUUGGUAUUGUAGCUUCCUCUUUUUCGUGAGGUAAAACAUCCAUAUUUCUGGUUUUUAUAUAUAGGCAUUGGCAAUUUGCAUAAUUCCUGUACCCAUUAAGAGGCACCUAAAAUAGGAACAAUGCUGCUAGGGACUUAAUCUUUACCAACCAUCUAAACAUUAGGAUAUGAGUGGCAUAAUCUCUUCCUAAAGAGCACAUGAGUUUAAUUCUCAGGAAGGUCUAGAGAUGACUUUUGACUUGACGAAAUCAAUGCAGAACCAAAAUCAAGCAAUGGUUCCAAAACACUUACUUCAAAACUUAUAAAUCAGAAUAUACUUGAUCAGGAAUGUGGUUUUCUGCUGUUCAGCCUUGAGCUUUUUGGUAGGACUAUCUUAUGCUUCACAUCUAUCACUUGCAUUACCUGAAGCCCUUUGUCUAUAACAAUCUCCGCAUAUAUUCUGAUGCUGAAGACACCUUUAAUUAGUUUAAAUUCUUAAAUUAAUUUCACUUUUGUAUGAGAUGUACGAUUUACAAUCAUUUGGUCAUUAGCAGUUCUUUCACAUUGUGAGGUAGGUUGAUCUCCAACUUCUGGCAAAAAAUAAGUUGACAAUAUUAACCUGUUAUCAACCCAAGUUUGAGGGUCAACCAGCAGGAGGUAAAUCAAAGGGGAAAAAACUUAAGAGAUAGGAGACGGACAUUCAUAUUUAAUGCAGUCAUACAAUGCGAGAAGGAAAGGCAAAGAAAAUGUAAGUGGUCAAGAAGAUAUUGUAAGAGAUAGGUUUACUCAGUCAUAUUUGACUUGUGCCUUUCUUCCCCUUUCCAAUCAUUUGUAACUUGAAUAAUUUGGUUUGAAUCAAUAUGCUUUUGUCCCUAGAUCAUAUUACGCCAAAAAUAGGAAAAAGCUUGUCCACACGAAGGUAGAAUAAAACAAGCUCAGGUCUUCAAUAAAAAAAGGAAGAGAUCAGUCAUUAAUUGCAUGCAUUAUGUCUCCUCAAAGUUCAAUACUGGGUUUCACAUCAAUUUUUUGUAAGUGAUUCUCUGUAAUAAAAAAAUUUACAGAGCCACAAUUUUUUUUUAAAAAAAGUUUAACAUUUUUUGGUGAUUCAUUUUAGUUUUAAAUGUCUUUUGACUGGCAACACAGAAUAGCCAGUGGAUAAGUUUUUGGUGUUCUCUCUACCUAUCAUUUAUGAUGUUUCCAAAUAGUAUUAUAUAUCUUUAAGAUGCUUAUCUUCAUUUAUUUCAUAUGUUACUGUAUCUUGCUCUUUUGUUCUUUAAACAGAUAUAAAUUGAGACAUUUGAAGCCACUCCUAGUGCCAUAACCGUAUCGGUUCGUUGCUCCACCAAGCCCGAGGGACAAGGUGCUAGGGGCCUUGCCUGGCACCAUGUUAAUUGUUUUAUAGAGAUGUCUCCAUCCACCAUUAUAGAGAAAAUUUCUGGGUGGGAUAGCCUUUCACCCGAAGACAAGGUGACAGUUACUGCACUUGUUAAAAAGGAUAAAUCUAACAACAAUACAGUUUCAAAUGCUAUAGAACAAGAACAACAAGCUUCAAAAGGCACUAAGCGCAAAAAAGUUGGGAGUGAAGAUCAACACUUUAAAGUUCCCAAAUCUGAUGAAAAUGAUUCAGCAGGUGGGGCAUUGAGUAAGCAAAAUCCUGCUGAAUCUGGUAAUACUUAUUCUAGCUCCAUUGAGUCCGAAAAAAAGCUGGAAGAGCAAAGUAAAGCAUUGUGGGAUAUAAAAGACAAGCUUAAGAAGCAUGUGACAACUGGAGAGCUACGGGAGAUGCUGGAAGCUAAUGGACAGGAUUCAGCAGGAUCAGAAUAUGAUCUACGAGAUCAUUGUGCUGAUGGGAUGCUCUUUGGAGCUUUGGGUAAGUGCCCUAUCUGUUCUGGUUCCCUGCAUUACUCUGGAGGCCAGUAUCGUUGCCAUGGCUAUGUUUCAGCAUGGAGUAGGUGUUCUUACUCCACAACUGAUCCUGUACGCCUAAAGGAAAAAUGGAAAAUCCCAGAAGAAACAAGUAAUCAGUAUCUUCUAAAGUGGUUCGAGUCUCAAAAGGCGAACAAACCUAACCGAGUUCUUCCUCCUCCAUCUUCCAAUAAAUCUUCUUGUAGUACUGGUAUGCAGUCGCAUCCAUCAAAUGAUGACAAAUUGGAGAGUUUGAAAGUUGCUAUAGCUCGAGCACCUCGAAAAGCCAUCGAGGAUUGGAAGCACAAAUUUGAGGAGGCAGGGGGGAAAAUUCAUGCCAAGAUUAAGAAGGAUACUAAUUGUUUGGUUUUGAUUGGAGAGAUGGAUGACAAUGAUUCUGAAAUCAGAAAAGCCAGGAGAAUGAAAAUACCCAUUGUGAGGGAGGAUUACUUGCACGAGUGUAUUAGAAAGCAGAAGAAGAUUCCUUUCGAUUUAUAUAAAGUUGAGGCGGCCUCUGAAACUUCUAGAAGUGGUAUGGUCACUGUAAAAGUGAAGGGGUGCAGUGCUGUACAUGAGGCCUCUGGUUUGCAGGACUCUGGCCACAUUCUUGAGGAUGGAAACAGCAUCUAUAAUACGACCUUAAAUAUGUCGGACCUUUCAACUGGCAUUAACAGUUAUUAUAUCCUUCAGAUCAUCCAAGAGGAUAAAGGAUCAGCUUGUUAUGUAUUCCGGAAGUGGGGCCGUGUUGGCAAUGAUAAAAUUGGGGGGACCAAAUUGGAAGAGAUGUCAAGUUCUGAUGCAAUUCAGGAAUUCAAGCGUUUAUUUCUUGAGAAGACAGGAAAUCCUUGGGAAGCAUGGGAACAGAAGAAGAACUUUGAGAAGCAACCAGGCAGAUUUUUUCCACUAGAUAUUGAUUAUGGUGUCAAGCAAGUACCAAAGAAGAAAGAUUCUGCCAAUACAAAGAGCCUUCUUGCUCCUCAAUUAAUAGAAUUGAUGAUGAUGCUUUUUGAUGUUGAAACUUACAGGGCUGCUAUGUUGGAAUUUGAGAUUAACAUGUCCGAAAUGCCACUCGGAAAGCUAAGUAAAAUGAAUAUCCAGAAGGGUUUUGAAGCAUUAACAGAGAUACAAAAUUUAUUAAAUAAUAAUGCUAGACAUGAUCCAGUUGUUAAAGAGAGCUUGAUUGUUGAUGCCAGCAAUCGCUUUUUUACCCUUAUUCCUUCAAUCCAUCCUCAUGUGAUAAGAGAUGAAGAUGAUUUUAAGGCAAAGGUGAAGAUGCUUGAAGCUCUUCAAGACAUAGAAAUUGCUUCUAGACUAGUUGGUUUUGACAGUGGAAAUGAUGAAUCUCUUGAUGUGAAGUACAAGAAGCUCCGGUGUGAUAUUACUCCAUUGCCUCAUGAUAGUGAAAAUUACAAGUUGGUUGAAAAAUAUCUCCUUAAUACUCAUGCUCCCACACACAAGGAGUGGUCACUUGAACUAGAAGAAGUAUUUGCACUUGAGAGGGAAGGAGAAUAUGAUAAAUAUACACCAUACACAGAUAAACUCCAGAAUAAGAUGCUUCUGUGGCAUGGUUCACGGUUGACAAAUUUUGUGGGUAUCCUCAACCAAGGACUGCGAAUAGCACCUCCAGAAGCUCCAGCAACGGGUUACAUGUUUGGCAAAGGGGUUUACUUUGCUGAUCUUGCUAGUAAGAGUGCACAAUAUUGCUAUGUGGACAAAAAGAAUCCCGUAGGUCUGAUGCUUCUCAGUGAGGUUGCUUUGGGAGAGAUUUAUGAGCUCAAGAAAGCCACGUAUAUGGAGAAGGCCCCAAAAGGAAAGCACUCAACCAAAGGACUUGGCAAGACUGUUCCUCUGGAGUCAGAAUUUGUAAAGUGGCGGGACCAAGUGGUCGUGCCUUGUGGAAAGCCCGUUCCAUCAUCUAUUCGAGCAUCAGAGCUAAUGUACAAUGAGUACAUUGUUUAUGAUACAGCUCAGGUCAAGUUGCAGUUCUUGUUGAAAGUGAGGUUUCAUCACAAGAGGUGAAAGGUUGUUGUUUUGCAGAUGAUAUUUUUGAGGAUGCUUGGAGGAUUCCAGUGAUCAGCAGGGUAGAAGAGGUGAAUGCGCUUUUUGAGUUGGUGCUUCUUAGGCAGUUACAAGCAUCAAGGUUUUUGCUAUAACUAACUAUUUUUGGAUUCCCCAAAGUUCUUUUUUCAGUAAAUGCAGACUAUUCCUGUAAAUGUGUAAUUCAAAGUUUAUGUUCUAUCAAUCUAAUGGGCUAGCUUGUCUUCUUUGUACCAGAAAAGAAGAAGGGAUAACUUUUCUUCAAA